AUGCACUCACCUCCUAGAGAACAGCCUGCCAUCAUGCUCUGGAAACUGGUUGAAAAUGUCAAGUAUGAAGAUAUCUAUGAGGACCGGCAUGAUGGAGUGCCCAGCCACAGUUCCAGGCUGUCCCAGCUGGGAUCCGUCUCGCAGGGACCCUACUCCAGCGCUCCUCCGCUCUCUCACACCCCAUCCUCGGAUUUCCAGCCGCCUUAUUUCCCACCCCCCUACCAGCCUCUUCCUUACCACCAAAGCCAGGACCCUUACUCCCAUGUCAAUGACCCCUACUCCCUAAACCCCUUGCAUCAGCCCCAGCAGCACCCCUGGGGACAGAGGCAGAGGCAAGAGGUGGGAUCAGAAACCGGGUCACUGCUGCCACAGCCUCGGGCCGCCCUGCCCCAGCUCUCGGGACUGGACCCCAGGCGGGACUACCACUCAGUUCGGAGGCCAGAUGUCCUCCUGCACUCAGCUCACCAUGGCCUUGACUCCGGCAUGGGGGACAGCCUUUCUCUGCACGGCAUCGGACACCCAGGGAUGGAGGAGGUCCAGUCAGUUGAAGAUGCCAAUAACAGCGGUAUGAACUUAUUGGACCAGUCUGUCAUUAAAAAAGUUCCGGUUCCUCCAAAAUCUGUUACUUCUUUGAUGAUGAAUAAAGAUGGCUUCCUGGGUGGAAUUUCAGUCAAUACCGGAGAGGUGUUUUGCUCUGUACCUGGCCGCUUGUCUUUGCUUAGCUCAACUUCAAAGUAUAAAGUAACUGUGGGAGAAGUUCAAAGACGCCUUUCCCCUCCAGAGUGUCUGAACGCGUCCCUCCUAGGAGGAGUACUUAGAAGAGCCAAAUCGAAAAACGGGGGGAGAUCUUUGCGAGAAAGGCUAGAAAAAAUCGGUUUGAAUUUACCAGCCGGCAGGCGUAAGGCCGCAAAUGUCACUUUACUCACCUCCCUGGUGGAAGGUGAGGCCGUUCAUUUAGCUCGGGAUUUUGGGUACAUCUGUGAAACGGAGUUCCCAGCCAAAGCUGUUUCUGAGUACCUGAACAGACAGCACACGGACCCCAGCGACCUCCACUCCAGGAAAAACAUGCUGCUUGCUACAAAGCAACUUUGUAAAGAAUUUACAGAUCUCUUGGCCCAGGACAGGACGCCCAUUGGAAACAGCCGGCCCACCCCUAUUUUGGAACCGGGCAUUCAGAGCUGCUUGACUCACUUCAGCCUCAUCACUCACGGCUUUGGGGCCCCCGCUAUCUGCGCUGCCCUCACGGCCCUCCAAAACUACCUGACUGAAGCUCUCAAAGGCAUGGACAAGAUGUUCUUGAACAACAACACUGCUAACAGGCACACAUCUGGCGAAGGACCAGGUAGUAAAACUGGAGACAAGGAAGAGAAACACAGAAAAUGAGAG